GGUUGAUUACUCCUCCUUUUCGACCUUCCCCUUAGUUGUAUUGGGUGUGUUUUUCCACACAGAGACAGGCAGAAUUUCUCGCUCCACUCCGUCGUUGUACGUUUUUUGUUGUCAGGGUCAGAAGAAGGAAGUGUAUGAUUGUGCGGUUGUGUAUGAAUGUGUAAGUGAGAGAGGCAAGAACCUCUCUGUUUUACAUAGUAAGAGUUAUGGCGAAGGAGGAGACGCCACAGAAGCGCAAACCAAGAGACACAAGAUCGGCUACAGAAUUUAAAGCAAACCCAAAUGAACACUUGAGUGCCUAUUCUGCAUUUUAAAGCCAGUUUUUGAAAUUGUGAAAAGUACUGCUAUUUAGGUUCCUCAGUUUGUCAAGCCAUGGGAUUUUAAAGACCGCUUCAAGUUCCGUGUGUGGGAUUUACUUAGUUUUCAUCUUAAUUACACUUUGAGAUUUUUCACGGUACACUUGCUCAGAACUUUGCUCCUGAGGCUUUGGUUCCUGUCUGCGUGCUAAUAUUUGUUGUGGUUUUGACAGGACUGUUAAAGCUGUGAUCAUCCCAGGAUCUUCUCAUGGGCGCUAAACAGAGUUCUCCACCGACUAGUAACGGCCGUACAAGGGCUUAUUCAGGUUCGGAUUUACCUUCCAGUACAUCCAAUGGGAAUAAUAGUAGGUCCGGCUCUGCGCCGGGCCCCGUGAGGUACCCAUACGUACCUAGCAACAGCCAACAUGGACCCUCAGGGUCUGCAGCAGGGGUCGCACAGUCCCUGGGACCUAGCAGGACUCGAUCCAAUGGAGGUGGGUCAGGGUCCCGUGUUCACUCUUUAAACCAGUCUGCCAUCAACAUCCCCAACAGCAGUGGCACUUACAGUUCUCAAGACUCCGGGAGUAGUACCCCGGAGGAGGGCACCCCUGGAGGUGCCAGGGACAGGACAGCAGCCGGGCAUGGAGGUCCUCGGUUGCUGAUCGGAUCACUGCCUGCGCAUCUCUCUCCGCACCUGUUUGGAGGAUUCAAGUGUCCUGUAUGCUCGAAAUUUAUCUCUUCAGAUGAGAUGGAUUUGCACCUCGUAAUGUGUUUAACAAAGCCAAGAAUAACUUAUAAUGAGGACGUACUAAGUAAAGAUACUGGGGAAUGUGCAAUAUGCCUUGAAGAGAUGCAGCAAGGGGAUACAAUCGCACGCCUGCCCUGCUUAUGUAUAUACCAUAAAGGGUGCAUAGAUGAAUGGUUCGAAGUAAACAGAUCUUGCCCUGAACACCCUUCAGAUUGAAGCAACUAUUUUUUUCCAUACUAAAGCAGGUUUUUCUACUGCGUCUAUGCAUUGAAUAUUAUGCCCUGUAACUCACUGGCAAGCCAUGGUUACACCCCUGAAGAGGACACAGGACAUCAUCUAGAAGAAAAGACUGUACAUUUCUGGAUUCCUUCUUUCAGAUCAAGAAUUACUUUUGGUGAAAUGACAACACACCCUCCAUUUACGUAGAAGAAAGCCUGGGUGCCAGAGGAGCUGUGUGUGCCAAAAUAUAAAGAUGGUUACACCAUGGCAUUUAGUUAAAUACCAGUUGGGCCAAGAAAAAAUAAAUGAUAAAACAUGUUGAUCCAUGUAUUUUUCAAGAUAUUUAUUAUCAUCAUAGAGUAGUGAGAACAUUUUGAAAGUAGUUGUUUUCUUUUUGACAGGUUUUAAUUACUUGACUGUAAAUUAUUCAUGUGUUUUAAUCCUAUCGUCCAGGGAAAAAUCAGGGUCAGAAACUGCACAGAUGGGUUGCUGUAAAUAUUCAUGCAUAAAACAUUGAGUAAAUAUUUUUUUUAUAUGAAUGGAGGUAAAUUACAAAUAUCAGUAUAUUUCCCAUCUUUUUUAUUUAUUUGAUGCCAAAAUAAUGCUCUGUAAAUACAUGACUAUUUUGCCACCAAAGUCUUUGGGAAUGACACACUGUUCAACCCCACUCAGCCCUCCACUAAUUUCCACUUAAGUAACAUAUUUUGUUUUUCACAAUAGAAGGUUAUGGAAUAAACAUCUGUUGCCCUCUCAGUGCACUAUUAUUUGUUUUGCAGUUAGAUUUUUACAUAUCCAUGAACAAAAAAGUUCUAAACAAAUUGUGUCUUAGAAAAAGUGGACCGCUUAAUAUACCCAAGCCAGUCUACUUAAAUGACACACUUUUUUGAGGGGAUAAAAAGGGAGAAGAUGUUUCACACUGUUUAUUGUUUGGACAUAGAUGAUUUUUUUUUUUGGGGGGGGGGGGGUUACAUAAAAGUACGGCACUGGAAGUGUCACAUAUCUGAGGUGUGAAGGAUUCUGCUUUGGAAUUUUAGUUGCAUAUUUUUGUAAGUGCCAACCUUCAAAAAAUAUACAGUUUCCUGUAUCAGCGGGUUGUUCUUCCACUGAUGUGACAGGUGCAGAAGACAAAAUCAUAAGGCAUGUUGCUACAUUAAAUGAAAGAUAAAACAAGUUACUUCUUUCCCAGCAGUAACAAAACGUUGUACCUGUCUCUGUUUCUUUACUUGCUUUCUUGCAGUGAAAAAAAAAUGUUCCCAUGGAUUAAAACGUCUCCCAAGUGGGUGGUUCCCUUCCCACUCAUGUUUUAUAGUGAUAUGAGUUGGUUCUAAUUCUUCUAGCUUUCAGUACUUCUUACCUGUACUGAAGUAAUAUUUUAUUUAGGUGCUCUUUUGUCCUUUGUGACUGAAUAUUACCCGCUUCAGCAUUUUAUUGAUCAGCACCUAUACACUGUUAAAGUAAGAAAAGACUAAGAUACAUCCAUCUUUAGGUGGCAACACUGUGAACAUUUGUGAAAGUGCUAUAAUUGCUUCCUGAUCACAUUUCUUUGUGUACUGCAGAUUUCUGGUGUUUCUAUGUCAAAUAUGCCUUUGGAAUUCUCUCAAGGCCUUUGGCGUGUUUCUAUGUCAAACAUGCCUCAGGAAUUUUGUCAUGGCCUUUGGCAAGUAUAUGCAUAAAAAUACAUGAAACUCUACAGUAUUAUGACUUAUUCAGAGUAACAGGUAGAUACAGUCAGAAUAUGUUUUCUUACCACACAUUUUUCAGAAUGAAAAAGCCUGUCUGUUAAAGUCCUUCUAGAAUAUGCCUUCUUCAUGAUGGUGUCCUCAAAACACUGCCAAGAAAACUUGGCUGCCACAAUGCUGAUCAAAGCAGUUGUGACAGCUUAGCUUCAUUCUUUCAGAAACAAAAAGAGCUGUUGUGAUCAGGUGAUUGUAACCAACUGUGACAGUACAGCUGUUUGUGCUCUGAUCACAGUAUUUUGCUCUAACUUUUCUGUGCAACCAAAAAUCUUAGCUCAUGGAUUACUUUAAUUUCAGUCAUGAUUUGAAUGCUGCAGCUCCCAGGGUAACAUUAUCACAGUAGAGGCCUCUGUGAGUCACAUCUUAUUUUUACAUAUUCUUUGGGAGUGGUUGACACAAGACAUCAGUGAAUGCCUUAUAUUUUUGUGAAAUGGUGUCUGUUGUUGCUGCAAGCCAUUUAAAAAUUUAGAAAUACUUUUGUUAAAUGAUACAAAAAAACUAUAUGUAAGUGCCCAUACAAAGGCUAAAUACCUUGUUUUGUAGGGUCUGAAAUAAAUGGGUUGCACCUUUAUUGAGGCCUUUUUGGUGCCAUUAUUCAGAUGUUCAGAAGUCUUAUUGUAAGGAGUGACCCGUUGCUGUUAAGCAGUCUUCAUGUUUAUGGUGACGGUGCAUAAACACAAGAGUGAAGGGUGCACAACCACUGUAAACCAAGGACUUAAAGCUCCCAUAAUUUUAGAAGGACCAUGUACAGUUGGCAUUGACAUAAAGGUGAGGUUUUGAAUUCAUCUGUUUGCCUUUGUCCUUGUAUAUUAACAUGUUAAGUUUCAAUAUCAGGACUUCCAGGAAGUCAUAUGUACAUUAAAUGCGCAUCUCCAGAAUGUUUAGAACUCCAGAAGCAUGGAAACUGCCUGGAGUUACCUGGGGUGGGGGGAUAAGGUACCUCAGCUGCUGCAGGCAGCAGACUGUUCCUUUUGUAAUGGAGCAGGGUUUGGGUGUUGAUAAGUCUGAAUAUACUGUGUCAGGUCUGUUAUUAAUUGCAUUAACCUGUGAAAUGAGAAAGUCAGCAUAGCUCUUUUGCAGAUAUGUAGAAAUGUAAAUCUUUACAACAACCACACACACCUCUAGCUGGUUUCUACUUAUUCUGCGUAUGUAAAAAUAUAUUUUGAAUUAUGUAGCAUCUUUAAUUUCCUUUUCUCUGCAGGUAUUAUAUAAGCAAUACUGUGAUUUCUGCUGAAAUAAGAGUUUGGCUGCUGUGAAUCAUUUAGUUCUUAAUAAUUAAAAUGUAUUUGUAUUUGG